UCCCCCGCCAACCGCCGAGCUCUCUCUGGCCGGGGCUUGAUGCUCACCACUAAACCUCGGCACCGACGUCAGUCGACGAAAGAACCCGGAGCUUUCCCCACCACCACGAAACCCGUAGACCCGGCCGAGCUCCCAGUUUUCUGAGAGAAGGAUUGCAGCUGGAAACAUUUUCGCAAUGGCGACGCUCUCCGGCGCAGAGCGCAUUCGCGCCAUCACGGACGAAGACGGCAUGUUCAAGGCCUUCGACACCUACCCCUGGAAGAAGGACAAGGCGUUCAUGUCCGGCCUGAAUGCAAUCCUCGGCGAUCCAAACACCGAGAACCCCCAGGGGUCCCCUACCGAUCUCGCCAUUCACGCCCGCAUCUUCUACUACUCCCAGAGAAUUGGCGUCGCCAUCGACUUCACCAAGUACCAGGACUGGCUCGCGAGGCACCCGGCCCACACGCCCCCCGACAUCCUUCCCGAGGAAUACAAGGCCCGGGACGCGCGAGGCGCCGCCUCAGCAGACGACGUCCCGGGUCUGACCUUGAAGAUGGGAGACCUGAGCACCGGCAAAGGAAAAGAAAAAGCCGCCGACGUCGUCGCCGCCUCGGAAUCAACGCCAUCCUGGCAAGCAGCAGCCCCAAAGGCCGACCUAUACGUCGAGCGCAAACCGUCCUCACAAGCCGACGCCCCGUCCCUGGGGGGCGACGAACCCGCGUACCCCAUUGGAUUCGCGCAGAUGCUGGAGAUGAUUCAAAAGGGGAUUCCUAUCCCCGGCAUCAGACAGAUCCCAGACACGGUCGUCAGAGACGCGGUAGGUUCCCUUCAUUGCUUCCCCCUUAACUCUUCCCCCCUUUUGGUCCCAAUACCAGCUGACUCUUUAGUCUGUCAAACCAUUUGGGAAACGUGCGGUGCCAAAGAAACCUUGGGAGAAGGAUAUAUCGGCUGCAGAAGUCAACGCGGGCGAGGCCGAGAAGCAUCCUGUGGUUGAUGCUGAAUUCCCGCCAUUGGACGAAGUGGCAGCGCCCGUAGCUGAAAUUUCAACUAAGGAGACGUGAACCCAUGAAAAAGUGCAUGGGUUAUCUUCAAACUUAUGCGUGCGGCGUUUGGUAGAAAAGAAUUACAUUCAAGUGAAAGGCGGCGGCGUUAGACACUGGUUCGAAGAGACAACGAGGCUUGUGGGGGAAAAUUGUGUCUAGUCAAUGACCUAGUCAAGGAAACAGAAACUCUUAAAGGUGCACAUUCUAGGGGAACUAUCUAAUGGCCGGUUGAGGACUGCCACAGACGCUGUCCAAUCUGGACCAAUGUCACACUCCAAAGUCUCUGGAAUGUGAUACAUACUACAUACAAUCAUUGCCGUUGUCUUUCUGAUAUCCCAUGCUUGCCUAGUCGUCCACCCUCGUGCUCCUUCAGUUUGCUCUUUCCAUGAGCUGAUUAAACUAAGGACGUAUCAAUUGAAUACUUGGAUGUGUCAGU